AGGCUAGGCCUGCGGUAAAUCCAGUCCCGGGUCGCCAACCGCAUACGAAAAGAGGUUCUGGGACAGCAACAUGGGCAAUGUACAGUACGUGCCGUGUUUGUCUGUAGGUUUCGACGAGGAUGUGAACGGAAGGGAUGCACCCCUCCUUCCCGCCGCUGGGUGGCCCGUGGGCUUUUCGCCCGCUGGUGCGAAUUCAGCGGCGCUACACGUGGUCCGGGUCCAGGCUAAAAAGCGGAGGAGAGCGCUCAGCUCAGCGAGAGGCUUCCAGAGCAGCACCAUGUCUCUGUACCGCAACUCCGCCUGGUUCCUGAAGGGAAUGACCGAGUUCACCAGGACUGCCUUCUUGUCAGCCUCCAAGCGGUUUGUGGAGAAAGACCUGGAGGUGUCCAUGGCUGGGCGCUCCUUCAUGAUAACAGGAGCCAACAGUGGCAUUGGGAAAGCCACCGCUAUGGCCAUCGCUAAGAGAGGUGGAACGAUCCACAUGGUGUGUAGGAACAAGGACAAGGCUGAGGAGGCAAGGGCUGAUAUUGUAAAGGAGACAGGAAAUAAGGAGGUCUAUGUCCACAUCCUGGAUCUGUCUGAGACCAAGAAGGUCUGGGAGUUUGCUGAGGCCUUCAAGAGAAAGUACAAGGCCCUAAAUGUACUGAUCAAUAAUGCAGGCUCCAUCAUGAGUCAGAGGGAUAUGAAUGCUGAGGGGCUUGAGAAGAGCUUCGCCACUAAUGUCCUUGGGGUUUACAUUCUCACCAAGAGUCUCAUUCCUUUGCUGGAGAAGAGCACAGAUCCCAGAGUGAUAACAGUGUCAUCAGGGGGAAUGUUGGUGCAAAAGCUCAGGACUGGAAACCUGCAGUCUGACAGAGGCCGCUACGAUGGCACCAUGGUCUACGCCCAGCACAAAAGGCAGCAGGUGGUGAUGACAGAGCAGCUGGCAAAGACUCACACAAACGUCCACUUUUCCGUCAUGCAUCCUGGCUGGGUGGACACUCCAGCGGUGGCCAAUGCCAUGCCAGACUUCCAUCGCUCAAUGAAGGACAGUCUGCGAACCCCGGAGCAGGGGGCUGACACCGUGGUGUGGCUGGCAGUCUCUGAUGCUGCAACCACAAAUCCUAGUGGACGCUUCUAUCAGGACCGAAAGAUGGUGUCCACCCACCUGCCACUGGCCUGGACCUACAGCUCCCCCCUGGAGGAGCAGAAGUUAAUGUCUCUGCUGGAGGACUUGGCCAAGACAUUCCAGCCACACUGAGACGACAGGAAACUGUGCACCAGUGCACCACCAACACUAACACCAUCAGCUAAUACUGACCGAGGCUGGGCUCCGGAAUGGAUCUGCUUCUGCUUUCCCAAAAGCAUUUGGAGAGUUAUAAUCAGUCUUGGUCACUGGCUUAGAAUGGGACAGAAUGGAAACUCAACCUGACAGACUAAAGUCAGCUAUAAAUGAGGGAUUAGCAAAUUUUGUAAUGCUUUUUUAACUAUUUAUAUGAUAAAUAAGUUUUCUUAUUUGUGAGCUCAACUUUAUAGCGACUACCACCUCUGUGGCUUCAAACUUUAUUAUGAGUGUUUGAUAGCGAUGUUGCUUUCAGGGAGUUUUCUGAGGAGGUUGUGGUGCUGAUAGAGAGAACACCGUCAUAAACCACACACACAGACACACAGACACAUGCUUGCACAAACAACCACCCAGUCGUUUACUGUGACUUUAUGAAAGUUGUCAAUCAGAUGGGAAUCUGAUGUGACCAAAGUCACUCUACACACCCUCCAUCAUUAAUUCAUGAUAACAGUUAUGGGCUCAGUCUGAUGCUGUUGUCUGCAUGAUUUACAAAUGUGCCAAGUUGUUGAUGUGUAUGAAACAGCUAUGUAAGUAACUCAUUUAUUUGCUAUAUUGCAGCACGGCUACUGUACUGUGCAGGUUGAGCUCAGGCUGGAGAUGAAGUUCUCUCUAUGAGCAGUGUGCCUUAAAUACACCACACAGCAGCGUUACUUAACAUGUGCAAUAAAACCUAUGUAUUUAUCUGCCCAGCACCUUUAAAAGGGCCUUUUACUGACUGUGACUUUUGUGUGAGAU